CUGAUGGUUUCCAGCCCUGAUAUACUUCUCUCUGCUGCUGCAGACUGAUGCUCUCCCCUCUCCGGCCUCUGUCUGCCACUUGCCCUCUGCUGCUACCGAGAUGCCUCCUAUGGAGCACAGUAAAUUGAAAUUUCGGGAAAUGCUGGAGACGGAGACGGAGAUUGUCAUGGAGAUGCUGAAGGAUGGUUCCAGGGAGACGGAGAACCGCCUGCUCCUCUACGCCAUGACGCGCCCGGCAGCCUUGCUCCUGAUGGCCGUGGGCAGCAGCGCCCUCCGCUUCGCCCUCAGCUCCUUCGUCGCCGCCCUCCUGGCCCCUGUCUUGUGCGCCGCCGCCCUGCUCCGGCUCGCCCUGCGCCGCCGGGCCCGGCCGCCCCGCGCCCGCCCCUGGGUGGCCGUCUACGACGGCGAGGACGUCUGCGGCUGCGCGGCCUUCGACCCCAGGCCGGGGGGGCUCCCCGGCCCGCCGGCGGCGGAGCUCUGCCGCCUGGCGGUGAGCCGCUGGCACCGGAGGUCGGGGGUCGCCACCUUCCUGCUGGCCCGCUUCGAGGACUGGGCCCGCGCCCACGGGUACCGGCGGGCCACGCUCCGGGUCGACCUGGUCAACCGGGCCGCCAUCGCCCUCUUCGAGAAGCACGGGUACAAGCCCAGCCCGGGCGGAGGGGUGGGAGUUCGUCUCUGCUCCAGCAUCAGCAUCGAGUACGCCAAGGACUUGUGACCCCAACCCACGCCGCCGCCCCCCCCCUCCACCCCCAACAAGCUCGAGGGGUUGGAGGGCGUGAGCGAGGGACGGAAUGAGGAAUGAGUUCACAACAGAUUCCCCGAGGUGGCUUGGUCACGGGAUCCGGCGUUCAGCCUCAUUCCAGCCAGCAAGGGGAAGUAUGUCUUCAUGUUUUUUUUUGUGUAUCUUGAGCUCCGGACAGAAGGAGGCCAUUCAGCCCAUCGGGGAUUAGCUACGUGACCCAAUCAUGGCUGCUCAGUAUCGUAACUCCACUGGCUCUCCUCCAUACCCUCAGCCGUAAACCCCACAAAACUCUGUCGAUCUUAAUUAGCCCAUUGACUGCCCAGCUUUCGCAAUCCUUUUUUAGUCAGGUGAGGGGUGAGGGAAUGAGCUCCAGAUUCCUGCUCCCUCUUUGUUGUCAAGAUCCUUUUCUGGGACAAAGUUUUGUGUCUGUGCUUGGCAGGUGUGAUCCUCCUUCCUGUCCUUACAGUCAUUGACUGGUGACCACACAGAUGGAGGCCAUUCAGCCCAUUGUGUCUACUGGUUCUCUUCAGGAGCAGUUUGCCUCAACGCAAUCCCCCCCCCACCCCUACCGCCUUCUCCCAGCACAUUCUUCCUUUUUGGAUAGCAAUCCACUUCCCUCCUGGAUGCCUCGAUUGACCCUGUCUCCCCCACACUCUCAGACAGUGCGUUCCAGAUCUUAACCAUUCGAUUGACCCUG